AUGGAGACGGGCCGGAGGCAUGGGCAGAGGUCGGAAAAUCAGAGGAAGAGCGGAGAGACUGAGUCGCUGAGCGGCAGGUCUCGUGUGCAACGUGUGGAGGCCGGGUCAGUUCCGAACAAGCAUUUGAGACCCGCCGACCGAUUUUUUGAUUUUGCAUCAUCAAGAAGAAAAAGAAGAAAACAAAUACAAAUUCGUCAUCAUCCCCAAUAUGACGUCAUCGGCGAUCUACCAGACUGUGUCCUGAUCUCCAUACUCACGCGCCUCCCUGUCAAUGAAGUUGUCCGGACCAGUGUCUUAUCCAAACGGUGGUCCAGCCUCUACAAAUUCGUGGCCGACCUCGACCUCCGCUGCCACCACCUUGUCCUCCGCCGUCAUCAUCCUCCCACUCGUCCAUCAAUAUUCGAUACGGUCCAAGGAUUUGUGUAUCUUUUUUGCGGCGUAGAUAUCAGCUUCUUAAUCCCUCCUCGUCCUUGUAAAGUCUCGACGGACACCCACGAUGUAUCCUCAAAGUAUUUAGACUCCCGCCGUUGUUCUAAAAUCCGUAGUCUCGUUUUCUGUUGUUGUCUGAGCAAUUCAUACUACAGAUCAUCCAAGGGAAGGUUCCGUGCAUUCGUCAAGUACCUAGCAAACACAGCCCAAGUUAAGAAACUCGUUUUUCAAUGUUGUUGCCGCGCUUGUAAAAUUUCUUGCCUCCACUUUCUUUCCUGGAUGCCCGGCUUGAGGUUGAGUAAAGUUACUCUACGCGACGGUGCACUAGACGUAAUCUUGUCCGGUUGUUCGGGCCUCUGCUCGUUGAGAUUGAAUCGCUGUGAGUUUCCUAGUUCUUCUAGGUUGCGUAUUUGUGGGCCCAACCUUCGACUGGAGCAUCUCAACAUAGAUGAGUGCAUUGGGGUGCAGCAGAUUAAGCUGUGUGCUAGCAAUCUUGUUACUUUUGAGUUCCGGAGCCGUAAAGUACGGGUCGAGCUCGUAUUUGAACACGUCCCUCGUCUGCAGAGCAUGUAUUAUGAUGGCUUUCAACGAGACAUUAUGUAUGACGUUCGUGUUAGGCUGUCCUUUGUGUUGCCUCCCAAUCAGCUAAAGUCGCUAACUUUGGCUACCCUAUAUGAUAUUUGUCGAGUUAGCACGCCUGGUUGGAUUAACACAUAUAGUAACCUUAGACAAUUAAGGUUACGGAUUUCUCGUACAGCCUACACGAGUAUGCUUCUGGGGAUAAUUCCGUUUCUGCAGAGUUGCCCACUCUUACUUGAGUUUCACUUGGAUACUAAAAUUGUGAAAGGUGAUGGCCCUAAAGCAAUGAGGCCACAGACAGCAGAAACUCAUUCCCAGUUGAAAAAAGUGGAAAUAACAGGAUUUUGUGGAUCUAGAAAUGAAAUCGACUUUGCACUUUAUAUACUCGAAAAUGCAACCUGUCUGGAGCAAAUGCAGAUAAGCCGGUGUCCCAAGUGGCACAUUGGGUUUGACAGGUGGAUGGAGCGCGAUGACAAGCCUCAGUGGAGUCAACAGACGCGGGAAAACAUCUGCCAACAGUUGCAAGGCCGAGCGAUUUCGAAGACCGCACGCAUAAUUAUUCGACAUUCUCCAAUCUACGAUGAUACUUGGUCGAGACGCAAGGCUGAUUAUGAUACUUAUUGUCUAUGA